UGACGUCAGACUUGCGUCACAGUGAAGUCACAUGAGGCGUAAUAAAAUGUCCAUCUCGCUUUUGCAGAUUUUCAGUAAGAUAUUACUAUUAAACAAAGUAAUAGCGAGUUAAUCGAUAGUUUGCCAGAACGAUAAAAACAUGGACGAGGACGGUUUACCGAUUGUGGGAUCAGGAAUAGAUCUGACCAAGGUCCCAGCCAUACAACAGAGGAGAGUCGUUGCCUAUCUCAACCAGUUCAUAGUGCACACUGUCCGCUUUCUCAAUCGUUUUUCGACAGUUUGCGAAGAGAAACUUGCAUGCAUAUCUCUUCGGAUACAGCAGAUUGAAACUACCCUCAGCAUUUUGGAGGCAAAGCUCUCCUCUAUUCCUGGUUUGGAGGAUGUCAGGGUGGAGGGUGUUGGUCAGCGGCCAGCUACAGAGGUUAAUGGACCAGUCACAGUUGUGGUCCCAAGUCAACCAGAGACCCCUACAGCUGUGGCUGUGCCAUUGCCAACUCCUGAGGCUUCUCCAAACAUAACAGAACCAAGAGCAGCAGAGGCAGCAGGAGACAGUUGGAUGACUGUGGCCAAGGACCCACGCUAUGCCAGAUAUCUCAAGAUGGUGCAAGUGGGUGUUCCAGUUAUGGCGAUAAAGAAUAAAAUGGUCCAGGAAGGUUUGGAUCCCAACCUGCUUGACACACCAGAGGCACCUGUGCCUGAUGCCGUCAAAAAGAACACACUGGAUCACGAUGAUGACAGCGACGAUGGCAGUGAGUCAUCUUUCAGCGAUUGAUCUGCUGUCUUAGCCAUGAAGCUGCCUAUAUGGAACUUCCUUCCCUGUCAUCUGUGCUCUGGGCCUUUUCCACUGUGCUGCUGCAGGGGCACAGAAGGACUAGAUGCCAGUGUGUGCUUGACAGGCAGAACUACAAUGCUACCAGACAGAAAGUCCCACUUCUGUGGAAGGGAUCUGCAGGGAUGCAUGGGACUUACAAAAACAGGCAGAUUGUUAAGUAGCUGAAAUCGCAUUGUAGAUUGAGUGAAUGUCAACGAGAAAGAGCUGAUAAUGUCUAUGUCCAGGUCAGCCACUGAUCUUGUGAAUGUUAUAUUUUUGUUUCCAUUUCUUCUCCUGAAACAUUUGAUUGGUCAUGGACAUGGUGUGUCUUUAUUUACAUAGUUUAGCAGUAAAACCGAUGGAAUGACGACCAUGGAAAGUACUAACCAGAUAAUCGAUUAGUAAUUGACCAUUAUUUUCUUAAGAUUGCACUGGGCAAACAUGAU